AAAAAAAAUUCAUGCACAGUGUAACGUCCUCGAUUUAUCGAUUCUCAACGCCGGGGGCAACGAUUAGAAAGUUAAAAUGCGCCUUCUCGCGACCUUACAAUGUUUUAUGAUUUUUUAAUCAAUUUUUUCUUCACACUAUUGUCUUCGGGAGAUAUUGCGAGAGGUUUUGGGGGGAUUGGGUUGAUGGAGUUGGCGUGGGAGACAUUUAGCAAAAUUAUUUCAUGGGGAGAACAAAGAGUUUUUGGUUCAGGGGGUGGGGGUUGUUUUGGAAAUGAGGAUCAGAGGGUUGGGGAGAUUAGGAGGGUCUUUAAAAGGAAUUUGGGGUUAUUAAAUGGUGGUCGGUCUAAGUACAUUUUACUCUGGGAUUCAUUUGCGAAAUAUGUCGGAGUAAUUAGUAGCCUAGUGAUGAGGCACUUUUGACUAUUCAUAAAUACCUCGUAAUCUAGGGGAGGGAAAUACAACAAAUGCCAUUAUAACAAUCACGCCAGCUUUAUUAUAUUGGGCUUUAUUAUUUUGUCCAAAAACUCAAUAGAAAUUUAUUUACUCAAACUCGGUCUCUGUUUUUGUAUAUUAAUCAGGGAAUGAAUCAAAAAUCGAAUUGACUGAAUUUUGUUGAUCCUUUGCUACUGAUUUUUUGGAUGAAGCUGAUGAUGUAGAAAAUAAGCUUAAAUGAGGAGGAUGAAUGUCUCUAUGAAAAUAUCUGAUUCAUCAUGAUGACAGUAAAGUGCUAAUGAGGAGCUGGUUGGAAAGAAGGCCCUAAUGGACAGAAUGAUAAAAGUGACAUUGAAGCUGUUUGUAAUAGACGAUUAAUUGGGCUAGGGUUUUAUUUUGAAAAUAGGUUGAAGUUGCGUCAGAGUAAUUUGUCAGGAGAGGUUUUUGGAAAAUAUUUUUUACUAUUUUCUUUUACGAAGAUGAUCGUUUAAAAGAUAUUGGCGAAUUUAUGUGGAUGAUAUGGAGAACAGGUAUCUUAAAUGAGGGUGAUGAAUGUUUGUCUUUAUGAACAUAUGUGAUUCAUCAUGAUGGCGAUGAAGUGCUAAUGAGGAGUUUAUUGGGAAGGUAGUCCUGGUGGACUGAGUGAGACAUUUGACACCAGUAGCAUUGAAGUUGUGUGGAACGUACGAUAAAUCCAAGUUGAAAUGGACAUUUUAUUUUCAAAAUACCUCUGAAGCGAGGAAAUUAAACAAAAUUAUCAGCAGAAAAUUUCAUAGCUUAACGGACAGCUAUUUUUACAUUAUUUAAUGACGCUACUUAUAUCAAACAUAUUUAUGAAAUAAUGUGAAUGAUAUGACGAAUAAGUUUCUUAAGUGAGAACGUUGAAUGAUGAUUUUUCUCUGGCAUUACCCGAUUCAUCAUGAUCGCCAUGAGUCGCUAAUGACGAAGAGUUGAUUGGGAAGAGGGUCCUUGAUUAUAAGGGAAUUGAGAUCCUCUGGAACAAUAAAAAUAUGAAAGCACAUUGUUGGUAGAAAAUUUUAUGAACCACAAAAAAAUCUUGACAUUUUCUUCCAAACUCAAGUAAAUACUAUACAUAAAACUAUAGUUAUACUUUCAAAUAAAAGACAGACCAAUAAAAUGGUUUAAUCCAUGAAUUUUUAAGAUUUCAUUUGCUUGAAAUGUUUUCUACAGUCGUACGAACAAUAGCAAUCAUUUUUAUUACCGAGUUCUCAGAAGUCUGUGCGUAGGGAGUGGAUGUUGAGACAAAAGUUAUUGCUCUCGAAAUUGUUCAACGUCGAUAAAAUCGAGUAAUCGAGAGAUCUUGGAUUUCCAACCAAAAGUAGAGUACAAAGGAAUUAUUAAUAGUUUCUCGGUGUUUCAUAAGUUUUCUGAAAAUCCAAAUCCCGAGAGACAGCAUUUUCCUUCUGAUUGUACGCCCUCAAUUGCUUCUGGUAAUUGAGGUUGUUCAUGAUUUUUGUAUUUAUAAUCUUUGCGGUUAUAAUUCUUCUGCUAUUGUUCUUAUUCUCUCGGUCAAACAAUUCAUCACAUUUUCAGAGAUCAUCUCGAAUGAAUUUUUCAUUUCCUCUACGAUUUAUUCAGUUAUUGUAGUCUUCAGGAUCUCAAAGUCUGGGUGGUGGAGGGUAGGGGGAGAAUUAUUUUCAUAGUCAACCAGUUGAUACCGUUUGAAUUGAAGUGAAAAAUAAAUAGGACAUUGUACUGUUGAUCUUCUCAGUAAUCAAAGCACAUCGAAUUAACUCAGGUGUAUUCAAUGGGCCAUUGAUUAACCGUGCAGUUCACGUCAAUUAGAAUUAGAAUAAAAAAUAUCAACUAUUUAUUCAUGAAGUUGUCUUCGAAUGAUUUAUCACAAUGGCUGUCACAUUGACACAAAUUGAAUUUUUGUCUGUUAUUAUUUCUCACUGUUACUAGAGAAAUAAAAAUAAUUAAAUCAUGAGUUUUGGGUAUGGUAAUUAAUAAUGUCACAGGAUCAAGUGGACUCUUCAUCGACGGAGAGUUUACCAAUAGCUGAUGGAAGAAUUAACAAGUCAUCCAUAACGGCGAGACUCUGUGAAAUGAUCAGAUGGAAUCUCCCCAACUUUGGCAAUCACUUCAGGCGCUUGAUGGGAUUGGGAGGUGUGUCUGAUGUUGAUCAAGAACAGGAAAGUGGAAAUGAUAAAAUUAAUGAGAUGGGGAGUCAUACAGAGUAUUCUAAUGAGGAUUUCUCGGUGCGGGAGUCUAGUUCUGGUGAAUCCAAUGACUUUACUGUCUCCAUUAGACCUGGAAAUUUAGCUGAGUUCUUUGGAGGCAAUUAUCCGUCAACUUCAGAUUCUGCUCGAAUUGAUGAACACAGUGAAGCAGAUCUGAGAGUCUCGACAAUUUUAUCACCCCUGGACUAUUCAACUCGUCUGAUGGUCUCAAGUGGUGUCAAUACUAGCACCAAUGGCAUUCAUCCGCUAAAUAUCGCCGAUGUGAUAAAUGAAGAUGGUGUUAUAAUAGCCCAAAAUCCAGGAGAUUUUGCUGCUGCUCUUCAUGCACGAAUGGGGUAUGUGAUUCCUACAAUAGGCAACACUAAUGGACUUCAGUUGUUCCCUAAUUAUCUCUCAUUAUUCACUCAUGUUCUAAUUAUUUGCAUCUCCAUAACCCAUGGGUAGACGUGAGAAUAAUUGCGAGCAAUCAUUAUUCGUCCAUAAAAUCACGUUUUUCAAAUUUAUUAUUUCGGUUUUGGUGGCACAAGGUGUGGAACAAUUGGGCUUUGAUUGGGGUUCUGUUAGAAUAUUUGUGCAUAAGUACUUCAUUGUGGACUCUUUUAUGGACGGUUGUACUCCGAGUUCGGGAGGGGAUCAAUCUGAACCACGUGCUGACAUUUGAAGAAAGGUUCUUUCCCCUAGAGUCAUAAAUAUGUCCUCAGGUAUCUCAAUAAAGAUUUUAAAAAUAUUAUAAUUGUCUCUGGACAAUCCCUCGUUGGCCAAGACCGCCCCUUGAUGUUAAUGAAGAAUAGUUUAUUAAAUUGCUGCUUGAGAUUUGGUCAAUCACUUGCAGGUAUAUUGGAAUAAAGCCUUGGGCCUAGGGCAAUGGGCCUUUCUGUGAUUGGGUCAGCAGUCGAUUGCCCUUGUGGAUUAUUAGUGAUUUUCAAGACUUCAAAAAUUGAAAAAUUGUUUUGAACAAUUUUUUAUCAGUUUUAUUUGCUUAUUGGCAUUUAAUUUAUUUUAUUCUUCAUUGCAAUUGGACGUAAACGGUGACUGGAAGGGCUGCAUAUGUGUGACGCGUUAUUUCCAAUAUUUGUGAAUGAUGAAUUAAUCAUUUAGGACAAAAUUAGAGUUGGGAAAUGAAAACAAAAUUAUGCAUGUUGCCUAUUCAACCUUCAGAAAAUGAGUUCUCAGGUCUAUUGAUCGGUGAGGCCACCACAUGGGCUUCGUAGGUGGUUUGUCACACUAGGGUUGAUUAUCUAGGGCCUCUGGUGACCCCCACCGGGUUGCUCGGACGACUGAGUCAAAACUCACGUGUGUGGUGCUGUAGAGUUAAUGGGAUUUGUAGAAUCAUUCAGGGAUUUUUUUUAUAGCUUCCAGGUGGUGUGAGUCAUCAAUUUGGGGGAUCAAUGGAAAUGAUGAGUCGAUCGGGGUUAAGGUCUUGAGACGAUAGGUCAAACAUUAUUUUGAAUAUUUUGGGGAUGGAUGAAAGGGCGAAUGGGGAAUGAGAUAAGGGCAGGAUUUAUUGGUGGAUUCAUUUGUUCAUAUCUUUCGGGGGGUAGUGAGGGAGGGGGAGGGGGUGAAGUGAUUUAUCGAGGGAAUUUCUUGGUUUUCCUUCUUCCUUUUUGAAAUAAUCAUAUUAAAAAAAUCAGAAUAAACGAUUUUUUUAUGGAUUAAAUUUAGUUUUAUUGCAUUUGCAAUAAUUUUAAAUUGAUAUCGUGGUUUUUC